UCACAGGCACUACGUUGGGCGUAUAUGAAUACGUCCACGAGAGAUGCCGUCGUUUCGUGUUUCGAGUUUUUGCACAACAGCCGUGGGCCAAGCAACAACGCACUCGCGCUCAAGUCGGAUCACGUUCUCCAAGAAAGAUUCGAAGUCCUAUACUGAUUAUUACAGAAUCGAAUUAUUACAGACUCUCUUUCUCUCAAUGAUUUUGGCCUAACCUCUUCCACCACAAACUACAGUGGAACAUGACAAAAGGUGGCAUCACUGGGGACGUGUUGGAAGCACGGACGGAGCUGUGCUCAUUGAUAUGACGCCAUUUUACUAACCUUUUCGGCGCGGAUCGCGACGAUCCACUUAAGGUGCUCCACUUCGUAUCACUUCAAGAGCGUCCAAUUCUGUCGUUUACAUUUUACAAACUGUACCCGCUCUUUCGUAAUUUCAAGCGAUUCGUUCAAGCCGGAUUUUACCGGAAGGUAAUAUCACUGUAGCCAAGCAGUGCUAUUAUGGAAGAUGAAGAUGGUGAAAGUAAAGUUAUGGAUAUGUGGAGCAUUUUGGGAAAACAACAACUUAAAGAUACUUCUAUUGGAAAUUCAUUAAAAACAUCGAUUGAUAAUACAUAUACCGAUGUAAUAGAAGAAGAAAAACAGCUAUUACAAUAUAAUUCUAUUACAACCAAAGAUUCACCAAGCAAAAAUAACAGUACAGGAUCAAAAAUUGUGUUUAAAGGUUUUAAGAAACGCAUUUUGGCACAAGCUCAAGAAACACAAACAAAUACAUUAAAAAGUGUAGUGCACGAACAACAAUCACCACAUUCUAAUGCAUCAUCUAAAAGUAGUAAGGAAAAAGGGGCAGAGAUUAAGCGAGGAAAAAUAACAGAAUAUGCACAAUAUCUGGGCCUUCAACCAUCUUCAAAAAAUAAGUGUUCAAAGUGUCAAUCAUCAUCAAGUUUGUGUUCUACAUUGAAACAAAGUUCGUGUACUUGCAAUUCCACAAUGACACCAAUGCCCAGCACAUCAGAAUCAUCUACAGUGCCACAUUCUCCUAAUUUUAAAAUUACAAGAAAAGUUUAUCUUUGUGCAGCAUGUGGUACAUACUUUGAAAAUUGGAAUUUAUUUUUACAUAUGAGAGAUAUACAUAAACGACAUAUAUGUUUAUUUUGUCUUGGAAUGUUUGGGCAAGCUGAAAGGUUGUCACAUCAUUUAACAAAAAAACAUAGUGUUCCAGAAAUGGCGUUUACUUCUGUUGAAGAUUUUUAUGGUGCUUUCAAAGGAUCGUGUUAUUUAGUUUGUUGCACAUGUGAGAAAGUUUUUUCAGAAACGGAUAAUUUUUAUAAUCAUUUUUGUUCAUCAGCGUCUAAACAAGAUGUUACUGCAUCCAUAUGCACAUUAUGUAGACAAACAGGUUCACAUGCAAGUACAUGCAGUUUAGCUGUUGAAUCCAAUAAAGAAAUAAAUUCUGCUUUACCAUCUACUACGCAAACAGGGGUAAUAUCAACUAAUAUACUUGAUAAAAGUGUAAAUAGUGAAAAUAAGACUGUUCCAAGAAAAUCAAUAAAAAAUAAUAGGUCUAAACAUAUGGAAGAUGGUGUGUCAAAUCAACAAAAAGUAAAUAUUCAGACAAAAAAGACCAAUAAUAAAGUUGCUGUAUCUCAGCCAAAUGAAAGUCAAGUAUUUGAUGAAACAUUAAAUAGGGAUGAGAAUUCUCAGAACAUAGUAACACAUAAUAUAGUUAAAGAUACUGUUUCAGAGACAAUAAUGGAAGUCUCAAAGUAUAUUGAAGAUUCUUAUGAGGGAAAGAAAGAAACAAAUGAAAAGGAGAUUUGUCAAAAUAAUUUGGAACUAAAUUCAAUUGAUUCACCGAGCCAUAAUAUGCCAUAUGAUAGUGUAACAGAAACUAUUAUGGAAGUAUCACGAUGUACAAAUAACGUAGAAGACUUUGAUGAUAAAAGUAAGAAAGAGAAUGUAGAUAUAGUUGAUACAUUGAAUGUGUCUGAUAAAUCAGAAGUGGAUUCUGAUGAAAUAGUUAAACCUGAUACAAAAACUUCAGACUCACUUGAAGAAGCUGGCAUUAAAACAGAUGAUCUUAAUUCUGUAAAUCAAGAAACAGAAGAAGAUGUAAUUAGAGAUAAAACAGGAGAAACCAUAUUAGAGGCAGAUGACUCUCAUUCUCGCAUAUCUGAAAGUCCUGCACAUAGUCCUGUUAGUCGAUCAUUAUUUAGCCCACAACAUGAAUCACACGUAUCUGAUCUCCAGUCCAAAGAAAAGUCGUAUGAAAAUGAUAACAAAGAAAAUUUUGAUGUACCUAACGAAUCUCAGUCUUCAGUAUCAUUCAAUACCAGUGAAACUUCUGAUAGAAGUUUAGUUAUAAAAAUAUGUACCAAUAGGAAUUCUCAGUUUUCUGUUGCAACUAAUAGUGAUAGUGUAGAAAAUGACGUCGAUAAGAAAUCUGAAGAAAAUAAUAACGCAGAAAGUUCAUCAUUGACGGAAGAAAAAGAAUCGAACAUUUUUGAAGGGGAAAGAGACAAUAGUAACAAUUAUCAAGUGAACGACGAAGACAGUGAUUCUGAUAGUUUCAAAUUAGCAGUUGUAGAUAGCAACCCUGAAGAAAUCGAAGAAGUAGAAGAAAGUAAUGAACAUAAAACAGUGACAGAAGUUGAAAGCGAAUCAGGUGCAGAUAUAGAACAAAACGAAAAUCAGGCUGAAAUCUCUGAUGAAAAAGCAGUUAACAUAGAUACAAAUGAAAAACAGGUUGAAGAAACAGUAGAUGACAAUGAAAACCAGAUGGAGGAUACUGCACAGUCUGAAAUGCAGCCAAGCGACGAAAUAAUAUUGGCUGGAGAGGAUGUUCCUUGCAUUGAUCUUAACGUUGAUGGUACUUUAGAUAGUAUAGAGAUAGAAGAUUUAUUAAAACGUUGUAUAGAAGCAGCCAGUCCUUUCUGUGUUUAUUGUAAUCAUGCACGUCAUAUAGCAGUGAAUGGUAAACAGCUAGGUUUACAUAUGCUCGCAGAACAUAAAUUUCAACCUCAGCAUCCUGCCAUAAUUAUUCAACCAGAACAAUUUAUUAUUAGAGUGAAAAAGUCUCUCGAUGAAUUAGAUUCUCAUUUCUUUAAUUUAGAUUCUUACAGUAGUACAAAUGGUACAUACAAUGUUCCAAGUGUAAGAACAUAUGAAUGCUUUCAUUGUAGAUUUCAUUCUGCCAUACAUAAAGAACUUUAUCUACAUAACCGAAAGAUGCAUCAAAACACAACUUUAAUUUGUAUAAUGUGCAAAUCCACUUUUUAUAGUUAUAGCGAAUUACUUUGUCAUUUGUGCCCUGGAACAUACUCUCCAAAUAUUAACGUCAAAUACAGAUGUUGUCUUUGCCCCAUGGCAAACUUGCCAUCUGCAUUUAGAUUAAUGGUACAUCUACGUAAAAGGCACCAUGCAUGCGAUGUUUGCUUAGAAUCUACAGGAAAUCAACAACGUCUUUCAAAUCAUGUUUGGAAACAUAAACUUCAUCAUCUAUGCUACAGAUGUGGCAUUGCAUACAGAAACAAACCAGAUAUUACAAAACAUUUAUUUUGGAAACAUGGAACAGAAAGUGUACUAUGCAAAAAGUGUUUACAGAAAAAGUGGCCACAUAUUUAUCACUUUUGUAUACCACCCACAGCUUUUGUUUGCGAAGAAUGUGGUUCUAGUUUUUCACGUGCUGUUGCUUUGAAAGUACAUAAAAGGUUACAUUCCGGGGAUCAUCCGUAUGCUUGUAGCGAAUGCCCCGAGCGUUUCAUUUCUCGAAAACUGUUAGCCAAGCAUGAUAAUGCCCAUAAAGAACCUCCACCAGUUAGCACAAAUUUGUCAGAUACAAUGAAUCAACAACCGGUGAUUAGCGAAGAAAAAUUAGACAAAGAAAAAGUAGGUGUAACCGAUAGCAACACAACUGCUUCUGAAUCAGGAAAAGAAACUAAAGAACCUGUGAAAAAGGUCGUUGAUGUUUAUGACUUGCCACCUUUGAAUUUAUCCUCUGAAAGUGACACAGAUACCGAAGAAGAAAAGCCAGAGAGCAAGGAAGCUGAAAACCCUGAAAAAGUUAAAUCAACCGAGGAAAAUGCAACUUCUCCUGUGGAUCAAUCAAAAUCCGUUUCUUCUGAACCUGUCGCAGAUAGCAUAGUCGAAGUUGAACAGAACGAAGAAGAGAAAGAACAAGGAGCACAAAUCAUGGAUGGUAUCUGGGAUAAUUUUAAAACGUAUACUGCUAGUUUAGAAAUGAAAGACCCAGCUAAUAAUUUUGCAAUCAAAGAACCAGAGCCAGAAACUGAUGUAGCCUUCCUAAGGAGUAUAGUCUUGGCUGACCAUGAUUAUUGCGUUGUAUGGUCAGAGAAAGAAAAAGAAAAGGAGAAGGAAAACGAAAAAGAAACAGAAAAGGAGAAAGAAAAAGAUAAAGAUACAGAUAAAGAUACAGAGGCAAAAGUAAACGAUAAAGAAGAGGCAAACUCGAGUGGGGACCAAGAUUAUUUAAACAAGCCACAAAAAAGUCCGUUGGAUGGUAAUGAAAUUCAAAAUACCACCGAAGAAGAUCCAAACAAGAAGAAAGUAAAAAGUCCGAAGAAAAAGAAACAAGGUGGAAGUACUUCGUCAAGCGAUUCAUCUAGUGACAGUGAUUCGAGCAGUUGUUCUUGUGGAACAAACUGUAGCUGCAGCAGUUCAUCAUCCGGCAGUUCGUCUAGUUCUAGUAGUAGUUCUGACUCGGAUAGCUCGACUUCGGAAGGAUCUCCAAAGAAACAAUCAAAUCGCAAGGAUCGGAAAAAAGACAAAGAAAGUGCGCAGGAACCGGAGGCUGGAUGCACAGAGCUUGAGAAUAAAGAGAUGAAAAAUGGGUCGGGAACAGUUCCGACGGAGCCGAUCUGUCGGCCACAACUUUUACUCAAAGAAUCCGACUUAGAAACCGAGGAAACGGAGACGGACGAGGACUUUUACGACGAACAUCCACAGCAACUGGCGAACAAGUUGCUCGCGGAGAAACGAAAUCACUUGAUGUUUCUAGCUGCAGUUGCUCCAGCGUCCACAGAAUCAACGAUGCCAUUGAAUAAUGGCCUAACGGACACGGAUACCGCGGUCCCUUCUCCAGAUCUGAUACCCGCAACAACGGAAGAGGAUCAAUCGCAACAGAAAAAGAAAGUGAAAACAAAAAAACGAAAGAAAGGGGAGAGAGUGAAGCAGCGUAACGUGACGCCAACCGUCGAGUCCAUUAAACUAAACAUUCCUAAAGCGUUUUACCAAAAGAACCCGGGUUAUUCGGCUUCGUCGCCAGCAUUGAUGCAAUCGAAUAUGGCGCUAACGUCGAAUAUGUCUACGAACGAUGCGCACGCAAUGAAUGCGGGAAUUGAGUCCCAAGCUAUGGGUAUAACGGGUCAAAAUAUCGGUGGCAGUGGUUCGGAAGCGGAAAGUAAACGAUCGUCGAAACGGAAACGAGUACCGAAACGAUUCUAUGGCGACUCCAGCGACGACGAGGUGGAGAAGCAGCCGACGGUAAAGUGGAGAAAGGUAGAGACGCCAUCUUUCACGACAGUGCCAAGUGUGAAGUCAGCGCCACCAAGGUUGCCUUUUGGCGGAAAGAACAUGGCGUAUAGAUCGAUGGAGAGUCAAUCGGAAAAUCUGGGAAUCGCUACAGCUUCUGCGACCGAAUCGGAAGAACCCGCAGACAGUAGCAGUGAUUCCAGUGAUUCCGAGGUAGAAGCCAGUCAACAGAUGGAGACGCAUUUUGCGGAAGGUAAUCCACCAGCGCCGGAACGGCCUGUUAAUUUGUAUUGCUACUGUCAGUGUCCGUACGACGAAGUGUCGGAGAUGAUAGCCUGUGACGCCGAGGAUUGUCGCAUCGAAUGGUUUCACUUCGAGUGCGUCGGUAUUAUGGUACCGCCAAAGGGCAAGUGGUAUUGUCCAGACUGUCGAAAGAAACACGGUAUCGUGCAAAAUAGCGAUGAUUACUUCGACUGAUAGCAGCGGAUGGUGUCUGCGUGUUGAAAUUUCUGUCUAGGCAUAUUUGAGAAUGGGUGUUCAAUCUCUCUCUCUCUCUCUCUCUCUCUCUCUC